CGGAAGAAGGUAGUACUGGUAGGAGGAUGCAAUUCGAGUGAGAGCAUCGACAACAUGGCAGACUUGCCGCCGAUUUGGUUCGACGCGGCCCCGGACACGGACUACUACGCGGCCUUGAACGUGCACCGCGAUGCAAGCACAGAGGAAAUUCGCCGCGCGUUCUUUGUGCUCAGCCGUGAGUUCCACCCGGACAAGACAGCGCAUCGCGACGACGCGAAUCAGCAGUACCCGCGGUUGGACCGCGCGUACAAGGUAUUGAGUUCCCGGCCACUUCGUCUUGCGUACGACCAGUACGGCGAGCGAGGCGUGGUCGCGUUGGAAGAAGACAAGGAAGUGGACGACUGGUCGAUCGCCAACUAUGCGCACCCGGACGAGUACGUCCAAGAACGGCUUCGUUUGUUGUUGCGGCGUUGGUACGAAAAGCAGCUGGAAGCGCCGUUUUCGUCGCAAACUGACUGCGAGGUUGAAGUUGACGCCCGGGAUUUCGUCCAGCAUCCUAUGUACUCGUUGAAGCAGGUAUAUGCCAUCGCACCAUCGACGUCAACCUCUUGGACCUCCGUUCCAUAGCUUUUCAACAAGCAGCAUCGCAUGAUUGGGAUCUCUCAAAUGGUUAUGCGGCAAUCCACGAACAUCCACGUUUCCCGCAACACGACCGUCGUUGUCGGGGGGUACUUGUACGACAAGCAUGGCCUCGGCCUCGGCGCGCUCACGUGCGGGAUCAACUACGUCACGGCCGACCCCGGUGCUCUGCGCAUUCACCUGAACAGUGAAAUCGGGUGGACGCCGAAGUUGAGUGUACACCUCGAACAACCCGUGUCGACCCUCACCUCGUGCUUUCUCAUGCCGGAGACGACCGUGGACGGGCUGGACGUGACUGUGGGCGUCCAUCACGUCAUGCGGUUGCUGCCUCACCUGGCACCGCUUCAAGGCUCCAUGAUGCUGAGCGCCAACAACGGGCUCUCGUCGAGCUUGAUGGUCCACCAUGAUUCGUACCAAUCGCGGGCGACGGUGGCCAUCCGCAACCAAGGGCCGAGUGUCGGGCUCAGCGUCCGCAAACAAAUGACGCCAUCGUCGUCGGCCAAAGUGUCGAUGGAUGUCGGUGUUGGCGGCGUCGCCCUGACGAUGGGGUCCUCUGGCAAGGUGUCUCGUCGGAGCCGUCUCAGCCUCGGCCUCCGCUUUGCCCUUCAAGGCAUCUCCGUUCGUCUCGGGUUUGCCCGAGGAAACGUGCGAUUCGUCGUUCCGGUCGUGGUCGCCCCGCUGUCCACUGCCAACGCAUGGAACACGUUGGUCGCCGCGACGGCGCCGUUUUUGGUCGCGGCCGUCGUUGGCCAAGUCGUGAAACCCGCCCGCAAGCGCAAAGAGCAAGCGGCACGGCAGUCUGCCCAUGCCCGACGUGUGUCGUACCUCAUGGAAGCGCGGCGCUGCGCGUUGUCCCAGCAAACGCUGAUGGGAAAACAGGCGGCCAAGAACACAGCUCUGGACGGCGGCGUCAAUGUCCUUGUGGCCCGGUAUGGCCAGAACCCAUCGACGGCACACGAUUGCGACGAGUCAUCUUUUGAACACGUCAACGUCGACGUGACGAUUCCCGUGCAAUUCUUUCUCCAAAACGGCCGCCUGUACCUCCCGAGCACGUCCAAGGCUGGCCUGUUGGGCUUUUACAACCCGAUGCUGGGUCUCUACGACCCUGCCGAUGCCUCACAUCCUGCCCAACCUCACUUGUACAUUCGGUACGCGUUCGAUGGCCACGUGUACGAGGCCACGUUUGGCGACCUCCAGCAGGUCGUGCUGCCGUCGGCCCAUGCGCAGCACAUGGGACAAGUGGGGCAGCUCUUUUAACUCGCCACGGAGCUCGAUCUUCAAUAGAAGUGGUUUCAAUCA